CGUAACUACUUUUCAGUUGCACUCUUUAUUGCGGCAAUUUUUGAAGCUUCUAGACGUCUUCUGCACUGAGAUUAGAGUGUAAUGGUCUAAUGGAGCUGAACAGAGAUGAAGUCCCUGUUUAUGGUCAGGUGGAAGUGUGUGCAGUGCUGCUGGAUCCUCAGUCUGUUCAAGAAAAGGCAGAGUACUAUGUGUUAUUAAAAGGCUCGUGCAUCCACCAUGUCACCACAGCUCAGAGGAAGGAAGAGAGCCAUUUACUGAGCUUCAUCAUACCUGGUCACAAUGUGGCAGAAAAGGUCUCAGUGCAGUUGUACUGCUGGGAAGAGAGCAGUAGCUGCAAUCAACCAACCCUGAUGUCAGACGAGCUCUCAUUGGAGUACAAAUUGGAUGCUAUACAGGAUAUGGCUGAUCUGCUCAUAUCUGACCCCGAUAACCUUAAUUCCAGCACGCACAUGGAAAUCCAGCAGAAGUUUUGUCGAGGAGAGAGUAUCCAGCCAGGGCAGAAGAGUUCAGAUAUGAAAGAACAGCAUGGAACAUCAAGACUAGAUGAAGAAACUUUAGCACUUGGCCAAAGACUAGAUAAACUAAAAAAAGAAUCAGGGAACCACAAACCUGAAUGCUGGGAGCCUGAUCCUGGUGAAGGAAGCAAACUGGAACCAUGUGGCACAGUCGAUAUGAAAAUCACACAGGCGGUUUCAAACACAUACUGUCUUCUAGAGUGGAACAACCAGAAGACACAGGAAUCACAAGCUCUCUGCCACAUGGAGACACCUCUGCAUGUAGCUGUGCGUUUGGGUCUAUAUCACCUCACUCUCUUCUACCUUCAUCAGUCCAGAGGUCAGGAGAUGAAAACGCUGCCCAAUGAGGAAGGACACACUCCUACUGAGCUUGCCCAGAGUACAGGCCAUGCAGCAACCAUAAGUGCAUUAGCUAACCUUUCAGCUUGUAGAGAGGAAAACCCAGUGUGGAUGUCACAAAUCUGGGCUGAUGAAUUGCACCUUUUCAGAUUCUGCCCGCUAACCAGUUCCUUCGUCCUGACAGUCAAACACCAAAUUCAUUUUGAUCCACAUAGGAGCAUCCAGCUCUACAGGGAAAAACAUGGAUAUCUAGAAAGCCAUGUGCAGGUGGAUGUACUCACUGAGGUGGAAGAGAAAAGCAGACCGAGCCAGACGGAUGACAAAUGUGAAGAUCUCAACACCCAGAAAAACAUAGAGGACUGUGUUCUACUGGACAGUGUUUUUGAAGAACAGCUUGUCCUUUCUCUGGAUGAAGAAGAGAUUUCCAGCACACAUAUUUCAGAGAAGCUGCGGUCUCCUCCAGGUUCCAGCUCUUCAUUCCAGCUUCAGUCUACAGACUUCACUGCUGCCAGACUCGCAGCUAUGCUCAACUGCACCGGAAAGAAUGAUGACCAGCACAGGAAGUACAACAUUGCCGCAGUGACAAAUGACAGCUCUGCCACUGACACAUUACCUGCUGUCAAAGUCGAAGGGAUGAAAGAGCAACGGCCGUUCUCUCGUCCUUUCUCUCCAUCCCUUACUCGUUUCUCCCCCACUUCCUCAGCAGGACUGGUCUUGGAUCGAUUUCUUCGCAGCAGCUGCCACAAUGAACAUGACAAUCACAGUGCAGUUUCACUAGAAUCAUAUGAAAUUAGCCCAAAUCUCGUGGCCUUGGAAAUGGACAGUGAAGAAGAGGAUGAUGACUUGCUUUUGAAGAAGCCCCUCCCUCAGAUAUCAUCUGAAAAUAAGGACAAUGGUGAUAAACAGGACAGCUUUAAUCCAUUCUCAGACCUCAGCUGCACUCGCUCUCACUCUGCUUCCUCUGACUGUAACCCUGCCUCCCAAAAGGAUUCUGCAGAUCAGGGAGUGCGUCUCCGUUCAUAUUCUUAUUCAUCACCCAAAAUCAACCCGCUGCCCCCCCACUCCAGCCGAGACACCCCCCGCCCUCCUGCUGACCUCAGCCAUGAACAGCGUGCACUGAGCUUAACUGAGCAGCGACAAGAGAAAAGGGAGUUAUGGUUCCGUAGACGCACUCAGUCAGCUGAUGACGAGUCCAGCGUCGAGCUGGCUGGCUCGCUCCAACACCUCACGCUCGCCGAAUUCCUCAAAGAAAUCGAAGAAGAGGGAUGGGAUAAAUACAUUAUUCCUUCCAAGACUGAGCCUGAGAAAUACAAAGUCAGCCGCACCUUCAGUUUCAUCAAAAGUCGAAUGUACAGUACACGCAGCAAGAAGGGAAAAGCGAAGGAGAAGGAAGUGAAAGAAAAACAGGGCAAUGGACAUCAAUUUGCAGCAGGUCCUGUUCUAGGGACUUCGGUUUGUGAGGUGUGUGACAAACAUGUUACUGGGAAGGAAACUCUACACUGCACCAACUGUGCUGUGAGCGUCCAUAAGGGUUGUAAAGAUUCUGCAGCCCAGUGCCUCAAGAAAGUGCAUGACAAAUAUGCAGUUUCUAUGAAGAAGGCCAGAGCAGCCACCCUCCCUCAAAACUUUGUGCUGCGUGAAAGCAUUCCAUCUUCUCAGAUAUCCACUUCAGCCUCCCUCCCUGUGAUGACUCCACGAGAUAGGAGAGACACAACAACUCUGCCAUGCCCUCUAUCCAGGAGUGCCCCUCUAGUUCCAGAGUGGCUUGCAGAGAGCCCAGAGGGAGACAAUGACUCUCAAGGCCAGUCAGAGGAGCUCCUGCACACCAUGGAAUCUUCUACUUCCACUGACUCCUCACUCAUUGAAGACACAGUGGAUGCUCCUCUACAGAACAAUUUUGGGACGGAUGCUCUGUAUUUAGAGGCUGAGUCAUGGAGUCUUGCGGUGGAGCCUCAGUUCUGCCAGAAGCAGAAAAAACAUACAAUCAAGAGACAGGAUGUCAUCUACGAGCUAAUGCAUACGGAGCUACACCACUUGCAAACGCUGACAAUCAUGGCGGAGGUGUUUAGACGAGGCAUGCGGGAGGAGGUGGGCUUGGAUGCAGAGGCUAUUGGUCGGAUAUUCCCAUGCUUGGACGAGCUUCUUGUUCUGCACAGGGACUUCCUUUCUGCCAUGACAGAGCGCCGAAAUAACUCCACGCAGCCUGAUAAUGAUAAGAACUACCUCAUUCAUCAUGUGGGUGAUAUCCUCCUGCAACAGUUCUCUCAGGAGAAUGCUGAGAAAAUGAAGCGGGUCUACGGGGAGUUCUGCAGCCGCCACAAUGAAGCAGUCAGCUUCUUCAAGGAGCUUCAGCAGCAGAACAAAAGAUUUCAACUCUUUAUUAAACAACAGAGCAGCAAUUCACUGGUAAAGAGACGAGAGAUCCCAGAAUGCAUUUUGUUAGUGACGCAGCGAAUUACAAAGUAUCCAGUGCUUCUAGAGAGGAUACUGCAGUACACAGAAGAGGGUACGCAGGAGCAUGCUGAUAUCUCCGGUGCUCUAUCUCUGGUGCGUGAGUUGAUUUCAGCAGUGGAUGUGCGAGUGAGCGAGCGGGAGCAAAGUCAAUGGCUGAGUGAAGUGCUUGGCCGCAUGGAAAGCAAAAGCUUAGCCAGACUGAAGAGUGGCACUGCCUUUCGUAAGCACGACAUGACCAAUGGCCGAACGCUGCUUCACCAUGGCCCGUUGCUUUGGAAGACCGCUACUGGAAGACUCAAAGAUGUGCUAGCCCUCCUGCUGACUGAUCUGCUGGUAUUACUCCAGGAGAAGGAUCAAAAAUACAUCUUUGCUGCGGUUGACCAGAAAUGUCCGGUGAUCUCCCUGCAAAAGUUGAUAGUGAGGGAGGUGGCUAAUGAGGAGAGAGGCAUGUUCCUAAUCAGUGCCUCCUCCAGUGGCCCCGAGAUGUACGAGGUGCACGCAGCAACUAAAGAUGAGCGCAACACCUGGAUGAGGCUUAUCCGAGAAGCAGUGGUGAUUUGCCAUGAGAAGGAGGAGGACACAGCAAGUGAGUCAGAAGAAGAGCGGAGAGCAGCAGAGGCCAAGAACCAGAAAAUUCAGAAGCUACAAGAGUCUCUCUGCAGUCAUGACCAGCUGAUCUGCUCCAGUCUGGAGGAGAAGCUCCACAUCUAUGCUGAGCUCACAGCCAUGGUGGGCCACAGAAAUAUCAGCCCAGAACUAAAGCUGCUGGUGCACCCUGACACAGAAGAGCUCCCUAAUGCUGCUGUUCUGCUCAGUGCUGCACUUAAAGAAGUGGAGAGUCUAAAAGAAGCACUGUCAUUUCACUGCAACUCCCCUUCCCAUCCAGGCCCUUUGCCUGCACCUGAGGAACAGAACCCUUCUGACUCCACCACUCAGCUAGAGGUACCGCUUCCUGCUCCAACUCCUCCUACAGUGCUUGCUGAAGAAGAACCCCAAGCAGUGGAUGCUGUAAGGAGUGAGGAAGAGGAGUUGAGGGGAGAAGACAGCUUCGAGCUCAAGCUUCGGAGUCAAAACAGUGCAACUGACAAUCAUAAUAUGCACCUUAAGGUGUGCCAGAGCGUUCAGAGUUUGACUCAGUUACUUUACAGUUUGCAGGCUGUGGUCACCAUCCAGGACAGCCGCUAUGAAGUGCGUCGUCUCCUCCUCCUCCUCCUCUCAAGUUCUGCCCACCAACGGAUCUCCCAGGGUUCCCUGCAAGAGCAGGAGCGCCAGCGGGAAGCAGAGUGUCGGCGACAGGAGCUGGCACGAGUGGCCCGGGAACGGCAGCGGUGGGCACAUGAGUGCCAGGCACAGCAGCUGCGGUAUGAAGAGAGGGAAAGCAAGCUGGCACAACGGGAGCAGCAGUGCCAUGACGAGGUGCAGAGACUGCAGCGCCAACGUGAGGAGCUGGAAGAGCAGCAGCAGGAGUACCAGCAGAGCCUGGAAAGGCUGAAGGAGGGCCAGCGGAAUGUGGAAAGAGAGAGAGAGAAGCUGGAAAUGCAGCAGAGGAUGAUGGAAAGAUGGAAACAUGAACGCCAACACAGCCUGUCUGUAACAAGCAUCAAGAUGGAAGGUCACCAAGGGUUAGGAGAUGAAACAAAAAGCUUCCAUCAUGGUCAUCGCAGCGGCUUGGAUGAGGAUGGGUCCAUUUUUGUAAAUGAAGCAGCUUUUCUGGCUCCAUCCAUGAACAAUCGGCAUUUUCAUCACUACCAGCAUCAGUAUCAGCAUAACACUCACCUACAUCCAGGCUAUGUGAAUUCCCCCAGUGCCCAGAACAGUCUGAAUUCUCUGCUGGCUUUGUCCAAUCAUACACAUCCCACAAUCAGCAUGCAAGAUGAGCUAUGGACUGAAGAUGUUGGUCCCACAAUCCAUACAGCAGGGGCAGUGGGGUCAGGGAUUUAUCAAGGUGAUGCCUGCUUGGUGCCACAGGCCAUUGUUUCCAUGGAAACGGAGAACCAAGAUCCUGAUGGAGAGGAGAAAAUCGUGUAUCUCUAAGUUCCUUCCAGAGCUCACACAGAUGUAAACACAAACAGAAUUGAAACCCAUUGAAGAGUAGCUGGAAAGCAGUACUUUGUUUUGGUAGAGAAAUUGCACUGAUACCAUCAACACAAAUAAUCAAUAGAGGGUGAAACUUUUACAUCAGAAUGAUUUCAUAUUUUGUUGCGGUCUUUCAGUUUUACAUUUGCACUUUUUCCGUACUCAUAUGGAAGUAUUCGCACUUCGAUCCAGAUCAAGGCAGUUGGGACUCUCGGAUUUGUAAUCAUAAGAAAAUGGUAACACACUUUCACACUUGCUUUGUUUUUCUAUUGUUAACAAGCAUUAACAAAAUCUUGUUCACAAUUAAUUAUGUUGAGGAACAUAGGAAUCAUAUUUCACCAAAAUCUUCUCAAAUUGCUUUCUUCGUUCCAUUCCCAAUUUUUCAUAUGGAUGGUUUGAAGAAUUGGUUUUACUGUUUCACUAUGACCCACAGGCAGCUCCAGACCUGCCAACCCUGUAGAGGAACAGUGCAUAGUUCUGCUGGGGAUGGAGUCGAUAUACAUAUGCUCAUAGAUUUUAUUUCAAACAAAACGUUCUCCACGUCAGCACAUCUUUCAAGCGGGAAAAUUAAGACAAGAUUAUGAAUGUUAGAUGGGAGGAAGAG